AUGAAGGCCUCGAUAGGGUGGACGGCUCCGCCAGAUUUGGUUUUGGUGCGUUCACUUGCCACUCUUUGUCGGGGCGCAGUAACACCCGUUGAAGGCGAGACCAAAUCCCUUACGUCUAUCUCUGGUCCCAUCGAGGUUCGUCCCAACCUCGAACAACCCUCGCACGCUACGCUCGACGUGCACAUUCGCCCCCUUGCCUCCAUCUCCGGCACCGACUCGAAGGCGCUCGCGGCGACACUUAAAGCCCUUUUGACACCCUCUCUCCUAUUGUCCCACCACCCGCGGACGUUGGUACAGAUUGUCGGACAAGCACUAUGCGGUAGCAAUAGUGGCAGUGGGAUGGGUUCUGCAGGCAAGGGCUGGAACACAACUCUUAUUGCUAGUCUCGUGAACGCAACUACCGCGGCACUGCUCAAUACUGCUGCGGUGCCCAUGCGGGGUGUGGUUUGCGCAGUCUCAGUUGGUCGCCUUCGCUCGCAGUCAGCGUCUCCAACUCUGAUUCUCGAUCCUUCUGAGUCGGAACUGCCUUAUCUCUCUGGCAGCGGGUGCUUUGCGUUUUUGUUCUCGUCCGUCGUGACCGCCUUGCCAGACUCGGAAGCAAGCUCAGAUGUCCCACCGUGCUCACUCCUAUGGACUAAUUACAGCGCAAACACAUCCUUCACCGAGUCCGAGCUGGUGGAUGCCCGAAAGCUAGCCGAGAGAGGCGCUGUGGAGGUUUGGAAAGCUCUGAAAGAAAGCCUCGGAUCGAUGGGGAAGUCCGCAGUCACGUUGGUGGGGUGGAAGAGAGACAAAAAUACGACUGUGAAGGAAGUUGCGGAGGAGCCGAGUGAAAGUGCAAGUGAAAGCGAAGUAGACGAUGAGAAAAUGGAAAUAUGA